AUGGAAAGAGACCAUGGAUUCUUGGGGUUCCAAAAUGAUAUCUUCUAUAGAGAUGAAGUGACUUUGCAUCAUAAUUUCUUGAAUGUUACAGGAUAUAAUUCAAAAUUCAAUUUCCUCGGGCUGUUGCUGAAAUGGAAGCAAUUGGUUCCACUGAGGGUCCGCAUCUUCUUGCUCCAACAUGGAGUAACCUUGAACGCCAUGGGGGAGAGGGGACUAAAUCACACUCUUUUUAGAGCUUGCAAACUGAAGAGGUGUAAAAGGAAAUCCGGAGUUUUCUACAGGCUGCAAAAUGGUUGUGGAUGCACCAGAGAUUCUGAUAGUGAUCGGAAAGAUUCCAUUUUUAUCAGAAUUCAUGAACUCUGUACGAGUGUCAAUACAAAUCAUUCUUCUCUGCUUUUGGGAAACAGGGAGCUGUCACUAAUCAUUGCAGCAGGGAAGCUUCAUUGCAAGAUCAACAAAGUAGAAGGUGUUUUGGAAACCAACCGCCCGGAUGCAAAGAAUGCUCUUUAUGAUAUCUUAUGCUUUUAG